GCCGUAGGAACACGUUGUGGACCUGAGAAGUGACAGCAAACGCCGAUUUGGCCUCUGCGCUCCCCUCCGCCAGGAGGUCGCUCUCUCCAGAAGAGCUGGAUAUUCCUACCUAGAAUUAUGGCAGAUAAAUUAACAAGAAUUGCUAUUGUCAACCAUGACAAAUGUAAACCUAAGAAAUGUCGGCAAGAGUGCAAAAAGAGUUGUCCUGUGGUUCGAAUGGGAAAACUAUGCAUUGAGGUUACACCCCAGUGCAAAAUAGUUUGGAUUUCUGAAACUCUUUGUAUUGGCUGUGGUAUUUGUAUUAAGAAAUGCCCCUUUGGCGCCUUAUCAAUUGUCAAUUUACCAAGCAACUUGGAAAAAGAAACAACACAUCGAUAUUGUGCCAAUGCCUUCAAACUUCACAGGUUACCUAUCCCUCGACCAGGUGAAGUUUUGGGAUUAGUUGGAACUAAUGGUAUUGGAAAGUCAACUGCUUUAAAAAUUUUAGCAGGAAAGCAAAAGCCAAACCUUGGAAAGUACGAUGAUCCACCAGAUUGGCAAGAAAUUUUGACUUACUUCCGUGGAUCUGAAUUGCAAAAUUACUUUACCAAGAUUCUAGAAGAUGACCUCAAAGCUAUUAUCAAGCCUCAGUAUGUAGACCAGAUUCCCAAGGCUGCAAAGGGGACCGUAGGAUCUAUUUUGGACCGAAAGGAUGAAACAAAGACACAAGCAAUUGUAUGUCAACAGCUUGAUCUAACCCAUCUAAGAGAACGAAAUGUGGAAGAUCUUUCAGGAGGAGAGUUGCAGAGAUUUGCUUGUGCUGUUGUUUGCAUACAGAAAGCUGACAUUUUCAUGUUUGAUGAACCUUCUAGUUACCUAGAUGUCAAGCAGCGUUUAAAGGCUGCUAUUACUAUCCGAUCCCUAAUAAAUCCAGAUAGAUAUAUCAUUGUGGUGGAGCAUGAUCUAAGUGUAUUAGAUUAUCUCUCUGACUUCAUCUGCUGUUUAUAUGGCGUACCAAGUGCAUACGGUGUUGUCACUAUGCCUUUUAGUGUAAGAGAAGGCAUAAACAUUUUUUUGGAUGGCUACGUUCCAACAGAAAAUUUGAGAUUCAGAGAUGCGUCACUUGUUUUUAAAGUGGCUGAGACAGCAAACGAAGAAGAAGUUAAAAAAAUGUGUAUGUAUAAAUAUCCCGGAAUGAGAAAAAAGAUGGGAGAGUUUGAGCUAGCAAUUGUAGCUGGAGAGUUUACAGAUUCUGAAAUCAUGGUGAUGUUGGGGGAAAAUGGUACUGGUAAAACGACAUUUAUCAGAAUGCUUGCUGGAAGACUGAAACCUGAUGAAGGAGGAGAAGUACCAGUUCUAAAUGUCAGUUAUAAGCCACAGAAAAUCAGUCCCAAAUCAACUGGAAGUGUUCGACAAUUACUACAUGAAAAGAUACGAGAUGCUUAUACUCAUCCACAAUUUGUGACUGAUGUAAUGAAGCCUCUGCAAAUUGAAAACAUCAUCGAUCAAGAGGUACAGACAUUAUCUGGUGGUGAACUGCAGCGAGUAGCUUUAGCUCUUUGUUUGGGCAAACCUGCUGAUGUCUAUUUAAUUGAUGAACCAUCUGCAUAUUUGGAUUCUGAACAAAGAUUGAUGGCAGCUCGAGUUGUCAAACGUUUCAUACUCCAUGCUAAGAAGACAGCCUUUGUUGUGGAACAUGACUUCAUCAUGGCCACCUAUCUAGCAGAUCGAGUCAUUGUUUUUGAUGGUGUUCCAUCUAAGAACACAGUUGCAAACAGUCCUCAAACCCUUUUGGCUGGCAUGAAUAAAUUUUUAUCUCAGCUUGAAAUUACAUUCAGAAGAGAUCCAAACAACUAUAGGCCAAGAAUAAACAAACUCAAUUCUAUUAAGGAUGUAGAACAAAAGAAGAGUGGAAACUACUUUUUCUUGGAUGAUUAGACUAAAUCUGACAAUAUCGAUAAACCAUUUAUUAAAAGAAACAUUGGGAUUUUUGUCAUAUAAAACUUUAAUCAGGUUUAAUGUCCCACAUACUCUAGAGCCUGAAGUAGAAUUUACUUAUUGUAACAUAAGCCAGUUGUGUUGUAAAUUGUAGUCUGAACCACAAAAAAAUGCCACUUUUCUGUUCUUGAUGAUAAGGCCCUUUUUGCCUCUAACAUUCUAAAAUGAACACAUUUCAAGCUAUAUUAAUUACCUCCAAACUUUAAUGAUGUAUGGGAAGAUUUUUCAGUGGAUGUACUAUAUUCAUGUACCAAAUGUUGACCAGUGUUGCCCCCUUUUAAAACUCUUGAAAAAGGUUUCUGUACUUACAUGGUUUGCCACGUAUGCCAAUAUAAUGAACUGCCCUUAAUUUAAAGUUGGUCUAAGAUUCGACUGAUGAAAUUGGAUAAAUAAAUAUUAGGAUUAUAUUUGUUUUCAGUCUUUGGACUAUAUUAUCAGUGUGUUUAGACUUUCAAAAGAUCAUCAUCUACAAACAACCACUGUCAGAAAUUGCUGUUACCAACUUAAUCAUUGCUUACAAUUUUUGGUACUUUUGAAUAUCUUCAUAGAAAUCAUUUCAAUAUCCCCCAACUUUCACCAAGAAAACAACCUAACUUCACUUUGAUAUGCUCAGCUUAGCAUUCCCUAAGAUUCUAUAUUCUGUAAUUGCUCUCAAGGUAAUGGUUCUCUAAACAUACCUUUUUAUAAUCACUAAUCAAGAUUUAGGAAAAUGCAUUGUAAAGAACGCUUGCUUCCCUUAAAAGUACAGGCUCAAAAGUCUCUCAAGUUGGUGCCUAAGCAUUUAUAUAUUUGUAAGUUUCCACAGAUUUCUGGUGGGCAGCCAAGAACUGUGAGCCACUUAUCUAAAGGCAACAUUAAUUCAAACACUCCCCAGAUAGCAAUACAAAGUAGCCCUUGUACCAAAUACACUUAAUUCUAAAUUUGGAUAUAGAGCAGUGAUGGCGAGCCUAUGACACGCGUGUCAGAGGUGACACGCGAACUCAUUUUUUUGGUUGAUUUUUCUUUGUUAAAUGGCAUUUAAAUAUGUAAAAUAAAUAUCAAAAAUAUAAAUCUUUGUUUUACUAUGGUUGCAAAUAUCAAAAAAUUUCUAUAUGUGACACGGCACCAGAGUUAAGUUAGGGUUUUUCAAAAUGCUGACACACUGAGCUCAAAAGGUUGGCCAUCACUGAUAAUAGAGGAUAUUAUGUACAUCUAUUUCACUCUUUUUUUUUUCUUUAGUUUAUAGCAAGAGUUCUAAUAUUUUAUCCAAGUCCUCGGUUUGAGCAAUAGAAACCUCUAGUGUGAAACCACGUUCAGUUUAUACUUCUAAUUUUAUUUUUUAAAAUAUUUUUAUUGAUUUCAGUGAGGAAGGGAGGAGGACAGAUAGAAACAUCAAUGAUGAGAGCAUCAUUAAUUGGCUGCCUCCUGCAGGCCCCACAUUGGGGAUCAAGCCUACAACCUGGGCAUGUGCCCUGACUGGGAAUCAAACCAUAACCUCCUGGUUCAUAGGUCAAGGCUCAACCACUGAAACAACCAGCCGGGCAUAAGUUCUAAAAAUUUAUCCAAUUCCGAGUUCUCAGUUUGAGCAAUAGGAACCUCUAGUGCAGUGGUUCUCAACUUCCUAAUGCCUCGACCCUUUAAUACACUGGGUACUCAUAUGUGAGCGUAUCUGCAUGUGGGUGGACCCGCCUGGAGACCGAUAGAGGAGCGGUGUCUCGGUUCCUAAGACCAUCGAAAAUAUGUUUUCCGAUGGUCUUAGGCGACCCCUGUGAAAGGGUCAUUCGAAAAGGGGUCGUGACCCACAGGUUGAGAACCGCUGUUCUAGUGUGAAACCACUUUCAGUUAUGCUUCUGACUAAUGCAAUGAACUGGAACUACCAUGCUAUAAGUGAGGGAAAGAGCUUACUAAAUGAAUUAAUGGAGCAAGGAAACUAGAGGAAGAAAUUUGAAAUUAUUGAACAGACUAAAUUUAGUUACUUGAAACAAUAGCUUUGAUUGAUAUGCAAAUUGGACAAAAAAGUAUAACUGGGCCCCAUUAGGCCUUUAAAAUUAAUAUAUAAACUAGAAGCCCAGUGCAUGAAAUUCAUGCACUGGUAGAGUCCCUAAGCCUGGCUGGUGAUCAGGGUCGAUCUAUGGGGUGACCAACGGGGCAAUUGUGGGGCCCCGCUGGUACCCGCCUUGGCUGGCCUGGCACCCCCCCACUCGCCAGCCCCUCCCCUCCAGGGCGAUCCAGGGGUGGCACCAGCCCACUCACUGGCCAGCCCUGCUGCCAGUCACCUCCCUCGGUGGAGUGACCAGCGGGACAAUCGGGGCCCCUGCUGGCACCUGCCUUGGCUGGCCUGGGGCCUGUGGGCUAGGGGCAGCUCCCGCGUUUAGCAUCUGCCCCCUGGUGGUCAGUGUGUGUCAUAGUGACUGGUUGUUCUGUAGUUCGUCGAUUUGCAUAUUAGGCUUUUAUUACAUAGAAAUACAUUUGUGAAAAAUUCAAAUGUACCGAAAUCUAUGGAAUAAAAAGUUAUGAUCUCCCUUCACAUUACCCUCCCAAAGGUUACCAGUGUUAAUAUGUAAAGGGCUUGUAUUGUAUAUAAAUGGGAUUAUACUAAAAUAUGUAGUGCCUAUUUUUAAGGAUAGUUAAAUUUGUGAAUGUUUAUUUCAAAAAAUUGAAUAAAAUAAGCCAAAA